CUUUUCACCAAAUAACACAGCCACUCCUUGUUCCAGAGCUGUAUCAUGCGCGAAUGAUGAGUAGAUAUUUGGGCAAACAUUUGUAACCUCCAAGCGUUUUUUAAUCUUCUCACAAGCGCCACUUCACAGUCUCGAAACGAAACUAUUCCUAUUCUUUCCUGAAGAUGCUCCGUUUUUUAUUUUUACUAAAUUUCGCAUUUCUUUUUUCGGAGGCGAUUCGAUGUCGAAGUUGUUACAGUUAUAAUGGUCAAGCAUGUGUAAAUGCACCGGAUUGUGAAUCUGACGUUUGCUUAUACGAACAACUAAAUGCUGCUAAUGGAAUAACACAUGUCCUUCGUACUUGUUACACAAAGGGAAAAGCUUAUCAAUUCGAUGACGGAGUCACAAUGUCUAACCUGAAUCAAUGUGUGACUCGUACAACACGUCAGGGUCAAUACUACGUGGCAUUGUGCACAACACAGGAUAUGUGUAAUAAUGACUGUAAGACACAAACACAACCAACACUUCCACCAGUAAAUCCAACACCUCUCUUGGGAUCUGUCACAUGUUAUGAAUGCUCAACAAAUGAUGGAACUGAUUGUCAGACGAAUACUUGUGAAGGCGCAUACUGUCUUUACGAGCGUCGCCUAUUCAAUAAUCAAAUGUAUCUUCGAAAAUCAUGUCUAAUUGAGCCAACUAUUCAACUAGAUGAUGAGACAACAGUUGCAAGCGUUGGAUUGUGUGAAGUUAGGAAUACUGUAAAUAGUAGAUAUUUUGUGAAAAUUUGCAAUGAUGUGAAUCUUUGUAACAAUUAUUGCAAUCCUGGUCAAACCCCGCCUAUUCCACAAAGACAACCACUGGUGAGAUGCUAUGACUGUGAAUCUUCAGAUUCUGAUUGUUUUACGGGUUCAUGUGAAGGAAACUUCUGCAUUUUCGAGCGUCAACUUCGAGUUGGAACAACUAAAACAUAUUAUCGUAAAUCUUGCUCUGCACUUGCAUAUGCUCAAUACCCAGAUGGUACCUACACCGGUGUGCCUAACGUCUGUAACUUUAGAGUUAUAAAUGAUGUUGAAUAUAAUGUCAAGGUGUGUAAUACUGGAAAUCUAUGCAAUUCACAAUGUACACAAGACACGUCAGCAGUAACCUGCACUGAAUGUAGUGCCGUCAAUUCAGAUGAUUGCUCUGGUGGGACGUGUCAAGGACGAUUUUGCACAUUUGUACGAUCCAAAAAUCAGCUUGAUCCUACGAAAUCAACAGUGAAAAAAUCGUGUGCAACAACGUCGAUUCUGAGUUUUCCAGAUAAUUCUGCGUAUACAAAUAUUAAUCAUUGUCAGUAUAAAAUGGCUGGUUCCAUUCAAACAGCUAUAAAAGCAUGCAACACAUCAUUUUGCAACACGGCAUGCUCUGACAUACCACUUCCAACUCCUGCUCCACAAAAUUCGGUUUCAUCAAAAGUUUGCAACGCUGAAAUAUUAAUAACUCUGCUUUUGUUGGUUCUUGCUGUGUAACAUAAAAUCAUGUGAUCUUAUAUUUCUCCUUGUAUCUGUACAAUUCUACGUUCUUUUCAUUAAUAAACAUCUCCAUCAAUUA